AUUUAGAACAAAACAACAUUCCAGUAGACUCCAUCAAAGCCGCUUCCCAGCCAAAGCAUCUUUCGAAUUUCCAUAACAUAAUGACCUAAAUAAUAUCUUGAACCAAAGAAAGACAACAACUUCAAAGUUAGCUCUCAAUAUCGAGUUUCCAGUGUGUAAAACAAUUAAAAUGAUAGAAAGAAAAACAUCAUUAUGCAAAUUUUAUACAUACAGUUGGUGCAUUUUACCACUGGCUUAGAAGGUAUAUCUCUUGAAACAUAUACCAUCAGACUAUUUUCAAGCACAGGGCAGCAACAACGGGAAACCAAUUUGGGGUACUACACAGAAUCCAAGUGCACAACUCCCAAAAAACCAGUGGGUUUUGAUUGCCUCAAAGAUGUCCGGCCAAAACACCAUAAACCACUGUCAAUAAAAGCUGCACAUGAACCACCCCAUGAAGACAAUGCAACAAAGAAAAGGUAAAGAGAGUCUAGGGCAACAAGAAACCAUUAGCUCCACCAUAAAUCAAGUUUAAACAUUAGGCAGAGGUCACCAAGCUCCCCAAGACAUAAACCUUAGCUAUAGCAGUACAAAGAUUCCUUCUAAUACUCAAAGAAUCAAUCACCACAAGCCUUGCCCAUCUUUUUCAUUCACAAAAGUCCAGCUCCAAAGAUUAGAGCACUCAAAUAGCUCCACAAAACAAGAAAAUAGAAACUUCCCAGAGAAUCAACGUGAUCAGGCACCACGGAUUAAACCCAAGAAUAACCAACAAAAUCACAAAGCCCAAACCAAGAUCAGAUGCUCCCCCUGAAGAGGAUUAUUCAUAUUUACAUUAGCCCAAACCAACCCAAAAUUCAGCAUCCAAGUCAAUUGUCAUGUUUUUUCACAAUCCCAAUCAAGGAACACAAACAAUAAUGACAAUGGCCUCCUUAGGAAUGCGACAUGAGCGGGACUGAGGGAGGAGCCCGGGGAAACCAAGGAAAACAUCUCCUGUUUUCCUUCAACAUACUCAAACAAGCCAUAAGCAAGACACAAUGAGCUAAGCUUCAUCAAAAUCAGGAGCCCACGGGUCCUAAACAGAACAUCAAGAUAGCAGUAGGGAAGAACAUGAACAUUACCACAUUUUCAAUAAAUCAUGAAACGAAUUGCAUUUGUUGGAUAAAACGGUAGUUUCAAUUCCAUAAUAAAACAACCAAAAAACCACAAAAAUUAGGAGCAAAACAAACAAGAACCUGGUAAAAUCUGGAGACCAAACCCUUGCGGUGGACAGUAACGGCAAAUCCAAAUUUCAGCUCAAAUCAAAUGAUUCUUCAAUUGGAAUGGAAAUCCAACUUUAGACCUUGAAAGAGCAUCCCAAUUUUCUUAUAAUCCUCUACAAAUUGGGCUUCAAUUGAGCUUGAAACGAGGUAAAGUCGACUCUGCUAUUUCCGAGAUGAACAGUAAAGCGAAGAACUUGCUUUGAAUUCAUGCACAAUCCAUCCCCAAAAAUCAAAGAUGAAAGUCGAAGGGAGGAUCGAGGUACAAUACUGCAAGAUUGCCUCAUUCCAGCGGAGAUGGUGUCGAUUAUCAAAGUUGGGGAAGAUAGCAUUGAUUACAUGAGAUGGGGCCGCCAUGGGGGGAUGGCGUCGAUUACAAGAGAUUGGGGGAGAGGGCAUCAGUUACUGGAGAUGGCGGAGAGAUGGUGUCGAUUGUUGGAGAUGGGGAGAGAGAUGGUGUCGAUUGCUGGAGAUGGGGAGAGAGAUGCGUUGCCUCUGCUUCUGGAAGCUCUACAGGGCAACAGGUGAUGGCCAUGAUGCAACAGGCAGGGGGCUUCAUGCCAUUUGCCUAUCCUGGCAUGACGCCGCCAAUUAUGCCACCCCCGGUGUCGACCCCAUCAAUGUUUGUUCUAAGGAUGGUCCCUGUUCGCCCGGUGAAUUUGACAGGGAUCAUGAACGAAGCAGAACCUUCAAAUGUUCACAAGGUGGACGAGGCGGAGCAUGAAGUGGCCCGCAGAAGGAAGGGUAAGGAUAUAGCCAAGCCCAGCAAAACUCGAGAUUCGGCGUUCAAACGCCUAGGGGACAAAGAGGAGGGACCCCGCAAGUCUGCCAAGCUACGUCUUGGUCCUGAGAUGGGCCGGACUAGUGCAAUGGAAAGGCUUGGUGGGAGUCGUCCCGCCCCAUCUCGUCGUUCUAGGGAAUCUGAGACGAUUCACCUAGACGAGGAGGAAGCUGAAAAUCAGCCCAGGGCAUCGGCAUAUACCAGGCUCUCAUUUGAUGAGGAUGACCUGGACAAGAUAGGAAGGGUAGCAAGAAAGCUACGUGCCCUGGAGGAAAAGGUAGAAGAGAAGGCGGGAGCAAAGAAGCACACCCUAGCCAAAUCACCCUUUUCGGCCAGGGUACAUGCACAAAAAUUGAGGCGGAAGGUCAAGCUGGACGUGGAGAAAUUCACUGGAAAGGAGGAUCCAAAUGUCCACCUUGACACCUUCCACAAUGCAGCACAGAUGGCCGGAUGCACUGAUGCUGAGGAGAUUGGGUCCUUUGAGAAACUUGCCGAAGUUUUCCGCAAGAAGUACCAGGACAACUGCAUUAAGAGGAAGAAGUUUACCUACCUUAACACGGUAGGGCAGAGAGAGAAGGAGUCCUUGACUCAAUUCUUAACCCGCUGGAGGGACGAGGUUGACAAGGUAGAAGAGAUGGAUGAUAAGACGGCCAUGUCUUUACUGAUGAAUGCCUUCCGGUCGGGUGACCUCUACACUGAGUUCUGUAAGAGGCCACCCUCCUCUUAUCAGGAAGCCUACAAUACGGCAUGGGAGUAUGCCGAGGCGGAGGUCCUGAACAAGAGCAAGCGGGAGCUGGAGGAAGGCUACACAAAGGUGAAAUCCGACAAGCCAAAGAAGGAUGACCAGACGGGAGGGUCUAAGCCAAGGGCCACGUAUGACGGAUCCGUCCAUCAAAUAAGGGAUGAGAAGAAGGGAGAGCAACCUAAGAGGCCAUGGACGGAGAAGUGGUGUACCUACCACCAAUCUGACUCCCACAAUACGGUGGAUUUCCGAAAUGUCAAGGCUGUGCUCAAGGAGAUGGCCUUGAAGGGAGAGCUUGGGGAAGGUUACGCGACGGGGAAUAAAAAAGACCCGAAAGCGAACACCUGGACUCGUCCUCAAGGGAAUGACCAAGGAUAGGAAAGUCACUUCAAUGGAUUCCCCCUCCAAAUCUGACAACUUGACCUUCUUCUUCUUUUCCCCUUGGAAGUCUUGGGGGAGCCCUUCCUUUUUUGAGUCUUUGUAUAGGAGGAAGAACGACCGGUCUCCUUUCCUUUGGCCUUGGGGAUUAUGAUUGAAAUCCUCGGUUAGGGCAGGAAUGAAUACCGGUUUAAGUGGGAAUGAGUACAAGUAGUUUUUAGAAUGUGUAUUCGGUUAUUUGUAAAUUAAUAUUGCACAAAUAAGUAAAAAUGAGUACUUCUUUAUUUUAAAAUGAGUAUUACCUUUGCUAGAAUGAGUACUACGUAUUUUGAAAUAAAUGUUUAUAUUUGUA